AUGAUGCCCUCAACUUCGGCAGAAGAGGCUGUGGCACAUGCGCUGCUUGAGCGCUUGUUGAAGAGAGACAUUACCGAUAUGCGAGGGGAGUUAGUGGACAGAGCGCCGCCGCAUGUGAGCCAAGAUGUUCUCAGUGGCACGGAGAAGCACGGCCUCGCUCUCCUCGCUGCUGCAGCAGCAGCACCACCAUCAUCAUCAUCACCACGAGGGAAUGGUGAGUGGCGGCUGCGGUGUCGGAAGCGGCCAGCCUUGCAGUGGCUCGAACAGUGGGAGCGGCGGCGGUGCCGACGGGUAGCGGCGAAGGAGAAGAAUGUGGCCCUCGCGCGCCGCUUCUUCGAGUGGAGGGCGCAGCAGCAGGAGCGAGUCACCGCCGCCAGGGUGCGCUUCGACCCGGCGCGGGGACUCUCGUUUCAUCCCACCAUCCGCGAGCCGAGUGUUGGGGCAGCGCGACGGUCGCCGCAGAUGCUGCACAGCGCUGGGCUGCGCUGGCAGCAGCAGUGUGCAAAGCAGAUAGAGAAGAAGAGGGAGCGGCAGGUGGUGGAGGCGCAGGAAGAAGAGAAGGCGUGCCAUGCGUCAUGGCAGAUGUCCCCGGGGACGAGGCGGAUUCUGCGGGCGAGGGACACGGAGGGCCACGCGGCCAGCCCGAACAACGCAGCAGCUGGCGUGAAGGACAACAGUAGCGACGGCAAGUCACACAGUGUGUCGUGUCGCCGGGACGCAUCGGUGUGUCGCUGCCCCACAAAGGCAUCUCACCGCCUCACGAUAGAUUAUCCCCCGUUUCUGGAACGUCUGCAGGACGACGUUCGUGUGCGUCGGGAGCGUGCGGCACUGCGCGAGAAGUACGCACGGCGUGAAUCCGGUGGAUUGCGGCUAUCACCGCAAUUGAUCGGGGACCAAGCCAGGCGGCUUCAUGAUUACACCUUUGUGAAACGUAAAUGUGUCGAGGAUGAGGAGCCAACAUUCAGUCCGAGGAUUAAUCAAGGUAUUCUCUCCCCACCCGGCAGGCCCCCUGGUUCUAUUGUGUUUGUGUCCUCAUCGUUUCGCCAGCAAAAACAGAAGCAGCAACCGCAGGAGAAGCAGAAGAACGACGCAGAGCUCUCGUUGCCCAAAAGGCAGCAACCGUCGCGAGAGGAAGAGAGUAAAACGAAGUCUGCUGUUGCGCAUUCCAAAAAGCAAUUGAAAGACUUUCGUGAGCGACAACGAUUGUGGGAAGCACGACGCACGGAGCACCUUCUCCGCCUGAGUGAAGAUGUUCACGCCCUACGUGAGGAGGAGCAUACGAAGGAAUGUCUAUUUCACCCCAUCAUCAACUCCCCGUGUUCCACCCGUGCAUUGGAACUCCAACCCGAAGCCUUCUGCGUGCCGCUGCGUGGGGCAUCUUUGGCGGCUAUCGAGUACGCAUCACCGACGCACCGCACGCUGCAUCAGUACGAGGAUAUCAAUGAACUUCGCCUCAAACACCGGCACUCUGUAAAGAGACCAAUAUCCCAAAGUACCGUAUUUCCUGGCGACGGCAGGAACAACAUAAUGAGGCGCAGUUGUGCUGGGUAUGCGGAGCGCCAUGCACGUCAGUCCAUCAGCCCGAAAUUUGGCCGUUGGCGAAGUGCAGGAUACAAGGCGCCCCCGCUAGUGGUGCUAAAUAGGACACCACCGGCACAGUCACAUGUGCGUAGCAUGGGGCCCGACCUCGACGAAAGCACCCUUCUCGAUUUGGGUAUAUGGUGGAACGGCCUUGUCACGGAGAAGCUGCAGGUUCCGUUUAACGUGGAGUCGAACGAGGAUAAUGGUGGGUCUUGCAUUCCUAAUGAAUGGUUGCUAGAGAGCCCUUUUACACAAACACUUCCCCUCUCAGUAGUGGCACAAGCCUUGCACGAGCUGCUCCUACUUACUGUGCAUGAGUCUAGAGACCCCUCCUCCGAACGCUACCGACACCUGAUGUCCUCACUACAGAGUUCUCCGUCAGAUAACGACACCAAAGUGACAUUCGGCGAAUUUAUCGAGCUGUACAGUAACAUGAUUCAAAGUAAACUGUGA